AAAAAAAAAAAAAAAGAGACUUCGGAUGGCCCAUAAUUGGCGUAGGAGGCAAGCAGGGAAAGAAGGGACUUUGGGCUAUGGAGGAGAAUAUAAAAGGCCGAAUCAGCGUAUUGUCAUCUCACAUCAUGGCUUCAGAGAAAGCGGCGGCUCUUACAGCUGUUCCCUCAGAUUCUCCCACCAUAUUUGACAAAAUUAUCAACAAGGAAAUCCCAUGUAAUGUUGUUUAUGAGGAUGAUAAGGUCCUAGCUUUUAAGGACAUAUCUCCUCAAGCUCCUACACACAUCUUAAUCAUUCCCAAAGUCAAGGAUGGCUUGGCUGGACUGUCUAAGGCUGAGGAGAGGCACUGUGAUAUUCUUGGUCGCCUGCUGUACACUGCCAAGCUCAUUGCUAAGCAGGAAGGACUUGAAGAUGGUUUUAGGAUUGUGAUUAAUGACGGGCCGAAUGGAUGUCAAUCUGUUUAUCACCUUCACAUCCACCUCCUUGGGGGACGUCAAAUGAACUGGCCUCCUGGCUAAGAUGGAGUCAUCAUGUGGAUGGGCAUGUUAUGUUUACUGGUUGUAAUGUAUUGCCUAGUGCUACUAUGGUACUGAACUUGUAUUUCAGAAAGAACUGACCUGCUUUUGCAAUCUGGCAUGUUAUUUAAAUAAUGUGAAAGACUAGUGAACCUAAAAGAGUGUAAAAGUGGUAAUCUUAUUUGGCGAACUUAAUUGUGAGAAGAUGUUUGCGACA